AUGGUCACUUAUCUCGCAAACACAGACAGAAGAAGAACCCUCCCAUCUCCAGCCAACCUUUCCAAGAUGCCCAAGAAUAGCAAGCAGCAAGCACCACAGCAGGAGUCUUCCCCGAGUCUGCAGGAGGAAGAAACUGGUGAUGUUCCUCCUGAGGUUCCUGACGACACUGACGUUCCUGAUGUGGAAGUGGUGAAGAUAGCAAACUACGUCCAGUUGCAUCCAGAGCUCUACGAUAAGCGGAACGAGAAGUGGCUGAAUCCGGCGUGGAAGGAGAGCCUCUGGAAGGACCUGGCCCAAACUUUCUCGGACUGUUCUCACCAGCAGGUGAAGAAGGUGGUGGACAAGAAGAGAACAGAUUUUGGGAAAAUCGAGAAGAGGGAGAGCAAGAGUGGAUCAGCAGCCAGGCCGAGGACGCAGAGGGAGCAGAAGAUCGUCGAGGUUUGGGCCUUCCUGGCAGGUCACAUCGCCCACGAAAGUACGCACCCUAGUGAUGACUUCGGCAGACAAGGUGACGAUCAAGAUUCCUCCAGCCAUGAGUCUGUCCUAUCGGCCCACUCAAUUGCCAGGAGGAAGAGGAAGAAGGAACGGCAGGAGGAGGAACUAUCCAGCCCACGAUCCACCAAAUCUACCCAGGAGAGCAGUGCCAUCCAAAAACUACUCCAGAGUGCACAGCUGCUAGCUACACGAAAACCACCAGUCGAGGGACCUGACGCUGACAUCCGGCAGUUUGUUGAAUUUAUGUACACUCGCCUGAAGAAGGUUUCCCCCAUGCAUCAUGGAGUACUCUUCUCCAAGAUCGCGUACAUGAUCAGCCUCACGGAGGAACCAGUGAUGGCCAGGAGUGCUAUUAAAGACCCGAGGAGGUUGCUGGAUUCUGUGCCCAUGCCACUAGGAGUUGCGAGCCCAUCGCACCUGUGGCAGCCUCCUGCACCGCCUACUCUUGCUCCUGCUCCUCCUCCUCCUCCUCCAGUCUAUCAUCAGCCGCAGUACCAGCAGCCACAUUACUCGCAGCCCCAAUACCAACAACAACAGUACCAACAGCCUCAACAACAACAGUACCAACAGCCUCAACAACAAUACCAGCCUCAACAAUCAGAACAGCAACAGUUCCCUCAGCAGCCACAGCAGCAGCAGGUGCCCACCCCAAUACAGUGGGAAUCUAUACUCGGCUGCUCACCGUCCCCCGUCAAGACCCUGCAGCACACAAGUACGACCACCAAACUCCAGGGCCAGAAGACGAAAUCGCCGGCGAAAAAGGCCAUAAUGUCCCCCAUGAUCGAGACGCCGAAGGGCUACGAGGCGGAGGAUAGCGACGAGUAA